GAGAAGGCCCUUUCCCAGGGGUAAUUGAUUUAUUUGGUGGCAUUGGUGGCCUGAUUGAAUUUCGGGCCAGUCUCUUGGCCAGCCAUGGUUUUGGUGUAUUGGCCUUGGCAUAUUUUGCCUAUGAAGACCUGCCUCGCAACUUACUGGAAGUUGACCUGGAAUAUUUUGAGGAAGCUGCCAAUAUGUUGCUGCAUCACCCACAGAUCCAAAGGUCAGGGAUUGGGGUCAUCUCCGUAUGUAAAGGUGCAGAGAUUGGGCUGGCCAUGGCAAUACACCUGGAACAGGUUGCAGCCACCAUCUGUAUCAAUGGAACCAAUGCUGUCCAUGAGACCCCGUGCAAAUACAGAGAUCUUGUCAUCAGCCCAAUCCCCCACCAGAAGGAGUAUACUCAGAUACACGUGUCGGGGGCUCUAAAUUUUCGUGGCAUCAAGGGAGAUCCUCAAGAUGAAGUCAACUAUCAGAGUGUCCUUCCUGUAGAAAAGGCCCGUGGCCAUAUUCUCUUCAUUGUGGGAGAGAAAGAUGAAUGUCUCAAUAGCAAGGCUUAUGCUGAGCAAGCAAUGGAGCAGCUGAAGAGAAAUGGAAGAAGCAAUGGGACUCUGCUCUCCUACCCUGGGGCUGGGCACCUGAUCGAGCCUCCCUAUUCCCCACUAUGCUUUGCCUCAUGGAACCCCUUUUUAUCUAGACCCUUUCUGUGGGGAGGUGAUAAUGGCUCUCAUGCAGCAGCCCAGGAGCACUCUUGGAGAGAGAUUCAGAAAUUCCUCCGAUGCCACCUCACUCCUUCCAGAAGCAAACUCUGA